AAAACUGAAAGCGUCUUUGCUUGUCAUAUCAAGUUAACAACCUCUUACAAUUUAACACAAAAACAUUAAGAAUACAAAACACACAGCAAAACAAUAUUUUAUUACUCAGAAGUCGUGGCCAUCUCUCCUAUAUAAAGCUUAGUUCAUCUUCUUCUCCACACAACCAACCAUUCACCACUUCCCUCUUCUUCCAAAGCCCAAAUAUUUUAAUGGCACCCUGCAUCUACACGUCCAAUACCCAUCUAUCUCAAGACGACAAUUCUCGGUCCCGUUACAUGAAUCUAUUCCCUGAUCGGAUUCAACGAACACACAUCACGAAAACCUACAACUCAAACUCUCUGGACGGUGAAGAUGAUGAUGUCUGGGUUAAGAUGCUAGAAGAAGCUAAAUCCGACGUUGAGCAAGAACCCAUUUUGUCAAACUACUACUACUCUUCCAUUACGUCGCAUCGCUCGUUAGACACCGCUUUGGCGAACAUUCUCUCCGUAAAGCUCAGCACUUUAACCUUACAAAGCAACACCCUCUUCGAACUCUUCAUCGGCGUCUUACAAGAAAGCCCAGAGAUCAUGGAAUCUGUGAAGCGGGACCUGUUAGCAGCAAAGGAAAGAGACCCAGCUUGCUUAAGCUACGUCCAUUGCUUCCUAAGCUUCAAAGGCUUCCUCGCUUGUCAAUCUCAUCGCAUCGCUCACAAGCUCUGGUCUCAAGACAGAAAGAUCCUCGCUUCACUCAUCCAAAACAGAGUUUCCGAAGCUUUCGCCGUCGAUAUUCACCCGGGAGCGAAGAUCGGAGAUGGGAUUUUGCUAGACCACGCGACGGGGGUGGUGAUCGGAGAGACGGCGGUGGUUGGACACAACGUUUCGAUUCUCCACGGCGUGACGCUGGGAGGAACAGGGAAGCAGUGCGGCGAUAGGCAUCCGAAGAUCGGCGAUGGAGUCUUGAUCGGAGCCGGGAGUUGUAUACUGGGGAAUAUUACGAUCGGAGAGGGAGCUAAGGUUGGAUCGGGGUCGGUGGUGCUUAAGGACGUGCCGCCGCGUACGACGGCGGUUGGAAACCCGGCGAGAUUGAUUGGGGGGAAGGAGAAUCCGAAAACGGUAGAUAAGAUUCCAGGUUUGACCAUGGACCAGACAUCGUAUUUGACCCAAUGGUCUGAUUAUGUUAUCUAAACACAACAACAAGUGUAAUAAUUGUCCCUUGCGCUGCGUUUUCCUCUAAAAGCUAAGAUUAAUCUCAUUUGAGUAGUCUUAAGUUAACUCUUUAACCAAUUUGCUGAAAAUGAAAGUAUGAAGACUGAAUAAUGAAUCAGUGAUCAUGCGGAAGUGGCAGAGGAAGAGCAGCUAUCCAAAAUUGGUGACCUUCAUCAAA